GUAAUUUAUUUGUGUAUGGCAAGAGUUUAUGAUGACAUUUCUUGUGCAGGAGCAUGCUAAAGGAGGAAAAUGCAUUGUUUUUACACAAACAAAACGAGAUGCUGAUCGCCUUUCAUAUGCAUUGGCGAGAAGCUUCAAAUGCGAAGCUUUACACGGUGAUAUAUCCCAGAGUCAGAGGGAAAGAACGCUUGCUGGUUUCCGAGAUGGGCAUUUCAAAAUUCUUGUUGCAACUGAUGUUGCUGCCCGUGGACUUGAUGUGCCUAAUGUCGAUUUGAUCAUUCACUAUGAGCUUCCUAAUAACACGGAGACAUUUGUUCAUCGAACCGGGCGAACGGGUCGUGCUGGAAAGAAAGGAAGUGCUAUUCUCAUCUACAGUCAAGAUCAAUCCAGGGCUGUAAAAAUAAUUGAGAGAGAAGUUGGGAGCCGAUUCACCGAGCUCCCUAGCAUUGCUGUGGAACGUGGAAGCGCAAGCAUGUUUGAAGGAAUAGGUUCUCGAUCCGGUGGGUCCUUUGGAGGAGGCAUGAGGGAUCGCGGUUCAAGCUUUGGUGGUCGUUCAGGCGGCGGCUAUGGUGGCAGCAGUGGUGGCUAUGGUGGUGGCCGUUCAGGCGGAUCAAGCAACCGUUAUUCUGGUGAUUCUGACCGUUCUGGUUUCGGGAGCUUCGGUAUGCGUUCUCCUGAAGGAUAUGGUUCAGAUCGUUCUUCUCAGUCAGGUGGAAGGAGCAGUUUUGGUGGUGGUCGUUCAGGUGAUUAUGGCCGUUCAAGCGGAUCAUCAAACAACCGUUCCUCUGGUUUUGGUGACUUUGGCUCUGACCGUUCUUCUCAGUCAGGCGGAAGGAGCAGCUUUGGUGGGUUUGGCUCAAACGAUGGGAAAAGAUCAUACUGAUAAGUGUUUUUACCCGAACCGGCAAUAAUUUGUUUGACCUUAGGAGGAGGAUUCGGUGAGUGGCUCGAGUAGAUUAGUUACUACGGCGGAUACGAAGGAGUCAAGUUAUAUAUAUAAAAAUCUGUAGCUAUGUAAAACAAACAAAUACUUUUUUGAAGUUAUGUUAUCAAUUAUUA